GUUGCUAUAGAAACACAUUCAGUUACUUCAGGCUUUCUUGGAAGCAUCAUUCACCUAUAACAUCUGUCAUAUAAUAAUGUUUUGAUAAGCGUAUGUAUUAGAGAUUUGUCUGUAGCAAUGGAAAGUCUACCCCUUGUACCGGGGUAUACUUUUCGAGAUGCAACAAUCCAGGAUCACAAACUGAAGCAGAAAUUUGAUUAUUUGAAUGGAUUCCGUAUACUACGUGACAGCAACAUUGGCAUUGGGAGAAGACCCAUUGAUACUGCCUCCAGCGCUUUUGCUGGACCUGAGAAUCCCAUAGAGUACGAUCCUUCAUUGACUUAUGGUCGAGUGCGUGAAUAUGGUUAUCGACAAGUUAUACCACACUAUGUACUUUUUGCACAAAAAUGCUUGAAUUUCAAAGCAUUCUUCCGACAAGGUGUAUUCAACUCGCCAAAUGAACAUUUUCGCAUACGACACGUCAAUAUAAUUUAUUUCUUGGAAGAUGACACAAUGUCAGUCAUGGAGCCCCCUAUAGACAAUUCGGGUUUGCAGCAAGGCAGAAUAGUAAAACGAGGAAAAAUACUUAAAAAUACCAGAGGGAAUACGUACCAUUGGAAAGAUCUCAACGUCGGUAUAGAUCUGGGAAUUUAUGGUGUGGUAUACCAUACUGUAGACUGUGACUUGUUCACUAGAGAGUUUUUGCGCAGCCAAGGAGUAGAUGUCGGUGACAAAGAAGAACCACCUCCUGAUCCUUAUACGCAGUUACGUCAAUUGAAAAAUAAAGUGCCAACUAGAUUAACCCCAGUGGCAGAUGAUACUCGACGGCGGUUUCUAGAAUAUGACACUAUGGUCCUUAAAUUUUAUGCAACUUGGAAUGAUGAUUGCUAUCAAAUCCUUUACUUCCUGACUGAUGACACAAUUGCAGUCCGCGAAGUUCAUCAGCCGAAUGAUGGCAAAGAUCCAACUGCAAUGCUCUUGAAAAGAACCAAAUUGCCAAAAAAUUGGAAGGAUAAGCCAUCUACAUACCCAGCAAUUUACAUGGAAUAUGGGGAUCCGGAAGUGAUAGAGUAUUAUACACCAAGAGAUCUCAAAAUAGGCGAUACGAUAUUUGUUUUUGGACGUCGUUUCUUCCUUUAUGAUUGCGAUCCAUUUACCAGAAAAUAUUAUUCAGAAAUGCUUGGUUUGGUUCAGCCAGAGAGAAUACAACCACCAAGUGAAAAGCAGAAACCUUUGCCCGAAUAUGUUCCUCCACCACACAUAAAAUUUGGCACACCUGAGGAUACACUGGCUGGAUGUUUGAGCAUGCUUCCUAAACCACCUAGGACCGACGUAAUUCGCCAAGUUUUCAACUUUCCAAAAAAGCUUCGCUACUCGAUGAAGAUGGAAGCUGUCCACCCCGAAGACGAAGGGCGUGAAUUUAUUCUGGAGUAUAGUUUAAGCAACGGCACGAUACAGAUUUCAGAACCAGAAAAGCGUAACUCUGGACGCAGAGGUGGUACAUUUUUAAGUACAAUGCUUGUACCUAAGCCAGGCACUGGUAGAGACAACCCAAUAUAUUACACCCCCGAAGAUUUUUUGAUAGGAGCUAAAAUCAAUUGUUUUAAUCAUCGUUUCAUCAUAACUGGAGCUGAUUUGUAUGUAUAUCGAUACAUAAAAGCAAACCCAGAAAAAUUCUGUGAACAGAUACGAGAUAAUAUCCGGAAUUAUUUUGUGCGAGAGGGUCUUAUUCAAGAUGAAAUAGAUGCAACAGCUAAAAAGAUUCAGGAAGAAGCUGACAGCAAGCGAGACUUGGAUCCAACGGUCGGAGAGCCAUUUAAAGAUGAUUUUGAUACAGCUCCUUGUGUUGAACAGUUUACAGAACAGGCUCUACGUAAAUAUGAAGGUGAACAUGGCGAAUUAAGACAACCUACACCACCUCCAGAAGAACUAUGCCCAGGCCUAACAACUGUUACAGAACCUAUACCAGUUGAUAAUUAUUGUGCACUUCAGUAUAAAGAUGAGCCCGAGAAAUUCUUUUCUCAGCCUAAAAAAGAACUGAAAUGGGCUGACCAGAUCCAGAAUGAUAGAGCUGGCCAUCCAAUUAUCGCAUGCCAGCAGGAAUUACCAGAGUGUAAAACAACAAUUCCUCAUGAAUGUAUACCACCUCAUUACUUCAAAGAUCGAGACCACAGGUUUGAGGUGGGUCAACUGAUGUAUGAGAUGGCAACGGAGCCCCCAAAACCAGAAAUUCCUUCAUCACCCCCACUGAUAGGUAGAGAACCAGGACAGCGAACUAUGACAAUGCUUCGCAACAGUUGCAGAGGGCCCUAUCCACCUUAAAGCAUUGUGCUUAAUCUUCUUAUGAUGAAUAAGGGUUGUAAUACAUCUGCACAACAAAAUAUAACGCAUUA